AUGUCAGAGUGGAAUGCCACUUUGGAUGAAUGCUCAGUUAAACUAAUGAGUUUGAUAAUUGCUGAAAGGAAAAAGGAAUUAUUGAGAACAGAUGAGGAGAUUUCUAAACUGGAAUCAGCUAUGGAGAGGUUUGAAUCCAGUGAGGAGUUCAAGCGUGAUGCUAACGAUCUACAACAUAGAUUGGACACAUUAGAAUAUGAGAUUGUUAAUAGCAAACAUAAAAAAUUCCUUAGAGAUAAGAACGAUUAUGUUAACGGUAGGAUACGGAAUUGGUCCAACUUUGAGAAAAAACCUGAUAAUGUCUAUCGAGACAAUGACCCUAGAAAUGAUAGGGCCAAUCACAAGUCUGAAAGAUUUACAUCUAAGAACAGACAGGAAAGAAGACCUUCCUAUGGAUCACCUUAUGAUAGGAGAUGGGAUAACCAUCAUGCCAGAGUCCAGAGGAAACAAUAUACUUCUCAGGUCACUUUUAGGAAAGAUAGAUAUCCUUCGUAUGAAUUUCAGGAAUCUAUGCAGACACUGUUACAUAAGGCGAAUAACUCAGGCUCCAUCUGUAGAGAAGAAUUAGAUUAUUUAAAUACCAAACAGCCCAUCAUACCUGUGUUUUACCAACUACCCAAAGUCCAUAAGGAUAGGAAUCACCCUCCGGGGCGUCCCAUCAUCGGGGGAGUAGACUCUUUGACGGCUAAUGUCUCGCAUUUUGUGGACAUCAAAUUACAACCGUAUGUUAAAGAGUCCAGAUCAUACCUUAAAGACUCCGCAAGUGUCAUAAGACUAUUGGAAGAUCAUGUGUGGUCUGAGGGGGACUGUUGGAUCACUGUUGAUGCGCAAGCACUGUAUUCUUCUAUCCCCCAUGACAAAGGUAUGAAAGCUGUUAAUGAUGUACUCAAGAGAGAUCCCAAUAAAUCACCGGAAGAGAUUGCUUUUAUUCUUGAGUCCAUCAAAUUUAUUUUGGAACACAACUUUUUUGAAUUUGAUGGUUCAUAUUUCCUGCAGAAACAGGGAACAGCCAUGGGUACUAAAUUCGCACCCUCAUAUGCUAACAUAUUUAUGAGUGAGUGGGAAGCACAAUAUGUUUACGGCACUUGUUAUGAAAAUUCCUCCAUUAGGUUCUACAGGAGGUACAUUGAUGACCUCCUGUUCAUCUGGCAUGGUGAUGACCUGAGUAUUGACAAAUUUAUCUUGCAUUUGAAUACAAAUGAUGUGAACCUUAAAUUCACACAUAAAUCUAACAGGUCUGUGAUUGAUUAUCUAGAUCUGGAAUUAGAAGGGUCCAGUUGUGGCAAGAUAUCCACCAAAACCUUCUUCAAAGAAGUAGACGCCAAUAGCUAUAUACCCACAUCCAGUUGCCAUCAUCCAGCUUGGAAGGAAGGCGUACCCUAUUCUCAGUUUUUGAGAAUUAGGAGAAAUUGUACCAGGAUUUCAGAUUACUGGUCACAAUCUGAGGUUCUUAAGAAAAGAUUCAUUGAACGUGGUUACGACCCCGGGUUUAUUGAAGAAUCUAGGGCUAAAGCAUCUCGACGUGAAAGAAAAACUUUACUACAAGAUAGAGUAGCAAAAAUUGAUGGUUUCUCCAGUUCUAACAGACCCUUCAUCACGCAAUAUAGCCGUGAUGCAGGAUCCAUAAGAAAGAUCAUGGAAAGACACUGGGAUGGUCCCAGUAACAGAGCUACCCCAGAGAGAUGUCCCCGUCCUCUGUAUUCCCAGGACUGUACAGAGGAGAAUCACAGGAUCCCACAGAAGGAUCAGGAUGAGCACCUUUCUGAUAUGAAGGCCGAAGAUACAGAGGGAGAAGAAGAGACGUAUGUGACUGAUAUGAAGGCAGAAGAUACAGAGGGAAAAGAAGAGACGUAUGUGAUGGAUAUGAAGGGAGAAGAUGAGACGUAUGUGACUGAUAUGAAGGCAGAAGAUAUAGAGGGAGAAGAGACGUAUGUGACUGAUAUCAAGGCAGAAGAUAUAGAGGGAGAAGAAGAAACUUAUGUGACUCAUAUGAAGGCAGAAGAUAUAGAGGGAGAAGAGACGUAUGUGAAUGAUAUGAAGGCAGAAGAUAUAGAGGGAGAAGAGACAUAUGUGACUGAUAUAAAGGCAGAAGAUAUAGAGGGAGAAGAAGAGACGUAUGUGACUGAUAUGAAGGCAGAAGAUAUAGAGGGAGAAGAGACGUAUAUGACGGAUGUGAAGGCAGAAGAUACAGAGGGAGAAGAAGAGACGUAUGUGACUGAUAUGAAGGCAGAAGAUAUAGAGGGAGAUGAAGAGACGUCUGUGACUGAUAUGAAGGCAGAAGAUAUAGUGGGAGAAGAAACGUGUGUUACUGAUAUGAAGGUAGAAGAUAUAGAGGGAAAAGAGACGUAUAUGAUUGAUAUGAAGGCAGAGUAUAUAGAGGGAGAAGAAGAGACGUAUAUGACUGAUAUGAAGGCAGAAGAUAUAGAGGGAGAAGAAGAGACGUAUAUGACGAAUAUGAAGGCAGAAUAUAUAGAGGGAGAAGAAGAGACAUAUGUGAUUGGUAUGAAGGCAGAAGAUAUAGAGGGAGAAGAAGAGACGUAUGUGAGGAGAGAUCAGAAGUGUAAUGAAGAGGAAAUGCCUACAGAUAUCAGCACAGGUAAUAAUUUUUAUUACAGAAAAGAGUCACAUAUUCUCCUUGCUGCAUCACUACAGAAGUCUCUUCCCCUACACCCUCCUCUGUCAGUACAGACUAAUGAGGGAAAUGUAUCUGCUCAAUGUGGGAGUCAGAUACAUCAGAGAAGUCACACAGGUGAGAAACCAUUUCCAUGUUCUGAGUGUGGGAAAUGUUUUAUAGUCAAAUCACAUCUUGUUGCACAUCAGAGAAGGCACACAGGUGAUAAACCAUUUCCAUGUUCUGAGUGUGGGAAAUGUUUUCUGUAUAAAUCAGAACUUGUUAUACAUCAGAGAAGGCACACAGGUGAGAAACCAUUUCCAUGCUCUGAGUGUGGGAAAAGCUUUGCACUCAAGUUACAUCUUGUUAGACAUCAAAGAAGUCACACAGGUGAGAAACCAUUUCCAUGCUCUGAGUGUGGGAAAAGCUUUGCACUCAAGUUACAUCUUGUUAUACAUCAGAGAAUUCACACAGGUGAGAACCCAUUUCCAUGCUCUGAGUGUGAGAAAUGUUUUCCACUCAAAUUACAGCUUACUAGACAUCAGAGAAGUCACACAAGUGAGAAUACAUUUCCAUGCUCUGAGUGUGGGAAAUGUUUUCGGUGUAAUUCAGAACUUGUUAUACAUCAGAGACGUCACACAGGUGAGAAACCAUUUCCAUGCUCUGAGUGUGGGAAAUGUUUUCUGUGUAAAUCAGAACUUGUUAUACAUCAGAGACGUCACACAGGUGAGAAACCAUUUCCAUGCUCUGAGUGUGGGAAACGUUUUGCACGCAAAUCACAGCUUGCUAGACAUCAGAGAAGUCACACAGGUGAGAAUACAUUUCCAUGCUCUGAGUGUGGGAAAUGUUUUCUGUAUAAAUCAGAACUUGUUAUACAUCAGAGAAGUCACACAGGUGAGAAACCAUUUCCAUGCUCUGAGUGUGGGAAAUGUUUUCUGUGUAAAUCAGAACUUGUUAUACAUGAGAGACGUCACACAGGUGAGAAACCAUUUCCAUGCUCUGAGUGUGGGAAAAGUUUUGCAUGCAAAUCACAUCUUACUAGACAUCAGAGACGUCACACAGGUGAGAAUACAUGCUCUGAGUGUGGGAAAUGUUUUCUGAGUAAAUCAGAACUUGUUAUACAUCACAGAAGUCACACAGGUGAGAAACCAUUUCCAUGCUCUGAGUGUGGGAAAAGUUUUGCACGCAAAUCACAUCUUGCUAGACAUCAGAGAAGUCACACAGGUAAGAACACAUUUCCAUGCUCUGAAUGUGGGAAAUGUUUUCUGUGUACAUCAGAACUUGUUAUACAUCAGAGAAGUCACACAGGUGAGAAACCAUUUCCAUGCUCUGAGUGUGAGAAAAGUUGUCCGGACUGCCCAUCUGUCACCUCUGGCAUAUUCCAGAAGUGCCAAUGGACUAGAAGUCACACGGGUGAGAAACCAUUUCCAUGCUCUGAGUGUGGGAAAAGUUUUGCAGGCAAAUCGUAUCUAGUUAAACAUCAGGAAUCACAGGAGUAA